CGGAUCUCACACUUCCUUCAAAACAAGGGUGAAAACACAGCAGUCCUUUGGAUCAAUGUUUUAUUCAUAACACAUUUUUUUCGCUCAAUCGUAAGUUUUUGUUAUCACUACGUGUAUACAGCGAUAACCUGUUUCAAAUGGGUUGUCGUUCGUCUUCUUUGAGAGAGGGGGAUCACGAAGAAUUCUCGAGUUUUGCUCGAUCGUCUUUGCCACGUCUUUCUGGUCGCUCGCAUCGACCGCUCACCCGGAAUGUCGCUCGGCACAAACAUCACUACGACAUCGUUAUUCAACUCAAACACGAAGACAAGGACAUUUACGCGUGCUCCUUCCCUAGUGAUGAUGACGGCGUGUUGCUCUCAGCGUCCAAAGUAGAGCAAACCACAUUUUUGCGCCAUAAUCGUGACUUUUCUUCUAUUCGCCUCUGGGACCUAAACAGAAGGCAGAUAAACACCGGAUUUCUGGCGGAUUUUCCCCGUUCAGGCCGCUCGUGUGAUUUCUCUCCCGACGGACAGCUCGUUGUCAGCUUGUUUAGCGAGGACGCGUUGGCGCUUGUACGCAUGAGGUCAUGGAGAACAACCAGUUCAGAGGUCAUACAGAUGAGGCGGAUUUGGCGAACUAGGGGAUCUUUGUUGUGCUGUACGUUCGCUCCCGAUGGAAGUUCCAUUGUUGUAGUUUCACGACUGACAGGCGAUAUUAACCACAUUUGUGUCAUAGAUAUCAAUUCCAAGAAAUUGGUUAAGAAAAUGAACCCUGCCUUAUCAUCCAAGUUCCGUGGAACUAUCAAAUCCUGUAUAUUUUCGCCGGAUGGAUUGUUCUUAUCUAUUUCCACAUCAAACGGACAACUUGUCGUUUUAGAUAUCCAGGAUCUACACAUACAUGGCAGUUUAGACUUGGAUAAUUCAACAAGUAUGAUUUGUCUAUGUGGCCCAUUCAGACACAAUUCUGGGCACUCGUUAACCCUUGCCAUGCAAUGUUGGUAUUUAUUUGACCCUCGCUAUGGCCACAAAUAUCUAUCAUCUUGCCUUGAAGAUGGCACAAUCCAGACGUGGAUGAUUGAGACAGAAAAACCAGGUCUCAGAUGUAUUCAAAGCACAUACAUUCUACAAACUCCAUGGCAAAAGUUAUGCUCCGCGGCAUUCUCCCCUGAUGGGGCAGUUCUUGCAAUUGGAACUUCAGACUCAAAGAUUUUGGGCCUGAAUUCUGAAAGCCUUACUGUAAUGUUUACACUUAAUGCAUACCUUCAGCCUGAUGGCUUACGGACAUGGUACCAGAAUACGGAAGUUUCUUGCCUGGCUUUUACAAGGACAUGUCAGCAGUUGGCUGCAGGGUAUAAUGAUGGACGUAUCAGGGUUUGGAUGUUACCCUUGAUCAUGAAUCUGCAACACAUGUGCAGACUUUCAAUCAUUAAACACAUCCCUGCUAAUCAGAUUCCUCAUCUACCACUGCCAACGCAUUUGCUGAGAUAUCUGCUCUAUUCUCCUAUUAAAUAUGUUUAGUUAUUGGAAGUUCAAAGGGCAGCAUUUAUGUUAAAAAAAAACAAGACAGCCACAUUUAUACCUAAAUCAUGGUAAAUCAAAUUGUAAAUAUUUUGGUAAGAAGAUCAGAGAAUUUGUAAAUAUUAUGUUAAGAAGAUCAGAGAAGCUUAGGUAGGGGUAAGUGAAGGAGUGAAGCAGUCUAUUUUGACUGAAGAAUCAUUAGAUCUUCCCCUGUUUUAAUUUAUUUAUUUAUUGAUGAUAUUAUCAUAGAUGUAUGCAUCAUAGAUGCAUAAAUCUAUAAAAUUGUAUUAUAUAGCUAUAAAUGACCGGGUAAGUUAUAUGUAAUAAUGCUAGAUCAGUCAUUAUUACCAUAAAUUUUACAUAUCUAGUAAGUAAAACUUAAGUUCAAUUUUCAAUUUACAAUUCCCACAAAAGAAAUCAUUAAUACCAAUAUUUAUUAUCCAUGAAUGGCACAUUUUAAGAAUGGAAAGUAAUUUAUAUUGUAAAAAAUUGCUCAAUAGACUUGCUAUGAAUUGGAUACAUUAUAAAAGCUAUUUUACCUUUACUAUGCUACACUUUGUCAAAACAUGCAAGGAAACCAUAAACAAAUGUAACUGACCAUGGCCGUAGCAGGGGCUAGGGUACUGGGGGUAUGUGCCCCCCAAUAUUUUCAAAAAUUAUAAGGAAAUGACCAGUAGGGUCGUGGCUGCUACAGCUUGGCUAACUUAUUUAAGUAAAUAUCUUGUCUACAAAGCAAGGUCUAUAAUAAUACACGAGGUUACAAACCAUUUUGCAAAUAUUUAUUAUUCAUACUUCAACUAGCCCUACUGUUUUUUUGUAUUAGCAAUAGCAAAAUGAAAAUAGUUAUAUUGCCAUACAUAAAUAAAAUAAUUUCAAUUAACAUAUUA